AUGGGUGAGAGCAUUGUCAUUGAAAACGAUGCUAAAAUUCCAGAAAUUUUGGAUCGUCCCCAUUUACUCAAUCUACCAGACAAUGUUCUUAAAAUGAUCCUCCAAAUGCUUUUCCUCCGGCCUGCACCUCUCAUGCCUUCAAAAUUUCAGACCAAGAAGACGGCCAACGAAGAGCCAACGACCCAUUAUGGUUAUCAAUGGGCCAACACCCGUCAUCAUUUGUAUGAGGAAGGGAAACUACCACAAGUCGAUCACGUCCAGAUUUUAAAUUUGGCUUGGACAUCUAAUCCUACCGAUGCUGAAAGCAGAUCUGACGCUAGCGAUAUUACCAACGUAGUGCUUUACGGCCACUUUCAUUCUCGUAGGGACAAAUAUCGGGAAAUUUUGAGUUUCGAACAGAUUUUGCCAAUUCAAAUGGUUAUUCUUGGUGAUGUGUGUAAGAAGCUGAAUAAGGUCACAUUACAUGAUGAUGACUAUGGCCACGAUCGCCAUCCUUAUUUUAAUGAAAAAUGGUCGAUUGAGAAGAAAAGAGCAAUUGAUGGCAGUGAGAUAAUCGACGGCGCGGUGCAAAACGAAGGUCGAUACAAAGUCGAAGCAGUCAAGGCGCAAGAGGGUGACUUUUUCUCUAUGAUUGUUUUUGUAUGGAAAUGGACGAAUACCAAACGACUAUUCUUGAAAGAGAAGACUAAGAGACACAAAGAUGGUUCAUCAUUCUAA